AAGGGGUUAACGAGAGGGUAAGGGAAAGAGAGGGAAAGAAAGUGAUGAACGAAGGAGAGGAGGUGCAUCGGUGGUGGUGGAGGUGGUGAUGGCGGUGGUGGUGGAGUCCUGUAGCUGUACAGAGCGCUAGCGCCAAAGAGAACUGUGGUGGCGAUACCGCGCGGCGCUGCAGCCAAAUGAAAAUCAGUCCAGCGUUGGCCGCCGGCGAGGACGUAUCUGGCAUUGAUGUCAGUAUUUUGAAGAUAGAGAAAGAGAUAGAGAGAAAGACUCGACUACAUUCGCAAGAUCGAGGGGAAUCGCAGAGGCUGAGAGAAUUGUGGUAGGGCUGAGAAGUAGGUAAAGAGGGAGAAAGGAAGCCGAGGAGGACGAGAACGAGGACGAGAACGUGGUGGAGAGGGUGACGAGAGGGUAACGAUGAAAGGUAGCCAAGUCGAGACGACGGCGUCCAGGCGCUGCUGCCGCCGUCGCCGCUGCCACUGCUGACGAUCAUGAACGUUCCGGAGUUCGGUGAAAACAGGGUACAUUGUAUCUAGGUAGCCGGCUUUGUUAGAUCGGAUGAUCGAGAAGUUUUAUGAAAGAAAGACUCCUCGUCGAGUCCAAUCGCGAGAAUAACGAUUCUUCUUCCCGGUUCCGUACGAUUCUCCUUUAGCGCUUAACAUUUGCUCGCGGUAAAAAUCGGCUACCGUGGAGAGGCUGAUAGAAGGAAGGUCGAGAAUAAGAGAGGAAUAGAGAUAUGUCCUCGAUGCAGCAAGAUGCAGCACGAGGGAAGCGCUUCGGUGGUUCUCCGGUUUAGUGCGUGCGCGGCGGCAAACGAGAAGAAGGGACACGUUGCUCUUGUUGCUGGUGCACGUCGUCGAUGGUGGACACGAUCACGUGCUCCCGAUAGAAGAACGAGAAGAACGAUGUCAGUGGCGUGCUCGAGGUAUCUGCGAUCGUUCGGUGGACCCUGAGACUAGAGUGGAGCAGAAAGAAGAGUCGGAGAAGGAGGAGGAGGAAGAGGAAGAAGGAGCAGGUGUAAGGUGGAUCGCUUCUUUCCAACGUCGUCGAGAGAGUCCAAGUGGUCCGCUUUUAUUCGGCGCGCCUGCAGCCACGUGCGGAGACAACCGGACGAGGAGGAGGACGCGGAAGAGGAGGAGGUGGAGGAAGACGAGCCGGAGGAGAAGAGGCAACGAGCAGCCGGUAGUGGUGCUUGUGGUGGUGCUUGUGGUCGAGAAAGAAGCGAGCUUCUCGGUUUCUAUCUUUGCAAACAUGAGACAUUGGACACUCAUGGCGGCGAUAGCCCUGGCUGCAUCGGGGCUGGUAAGCGGCGGUAGUCACGAGAAGCGGCUGCUGAACAAUCUGCUGGAUUCGUAUAACGUCCUGGAGCGGCCGGUGGGAAACGAGUCCGACCCCCUCGUCUUGAGCUUCGGCCUUACGCUUAUGCAAAUAAUCGACGUCGACGAGAAGAAUCAACUGCUCAUCACGAAUCUUUGGCUGAAGUUGGAAUGGAACGAUGUAAAUAUGAGGUGGAACAUCUCGGAUUAUGGAGGCGUCAAAGAUCUCAGGAUCCCUCCGCAUCGACUUUGGAAACCGGACGUUCUCAUGUAUAACAGCGCGGACGAAGGGUUCGACGGUACUUAUCCAACGAACGUCGUCGUAAAGAACAAUGGCACCUGCUUAUACGUGCCACCCGGUAUAUUCAAGAGCACUUGCAAGAUAGACAUUACCUGGUUCCCCUUUGACGAUCAGCGCUGUGAGAUGAAAUUUGGCUCUUGGACUUACGACGGCUUUCAGUUGGAUCUGCAGUUGCAAGACGAAGCAGGAGGUGACAUCAGCAGUUUCAUCACUAACGGCGAGUGGGAUUUGUUAGGGGUCCCUGGUAAAAGAAACGAAAUUUAUUACAAUUGCUGCCCGGAACCAUAUAUAGACAUCACCUUUGUGGUCAUCAUUAGGAGACGUACGCUUUACUAUUUCUUCAACCUAAUCGUGCCGUGCGUAUUAAUCGCCAGCAUGGCCGUUUUGGGAUUCACCCUGCCACCCGAUUCCGGCGAGAAACUCUCCCUCGGGGUAACGAUUCUCUUGUCUCUCACUGUGUUCCUUAAUAUGGUGGCCGAAACAAUGCCAGCUACGUCGGACGCUGUCCCGCUCUUAGGGACGUAUUUCAAUUGCAUCAUGUUUAUGGUCGCCAGCAGUGUCGUUAGUACGAUCCUCAUUUUAAAUUACCAUCAUCGAAAUGCCGACACUCACGAGAUGUCCGAAUGGGUCAGGAUUCUUUUCCUAUAUUGGUUACCAUGCUUACUCCGAAUGUCACGACCAACCGACAAAGAGGAAAAAGAAACGCAGAAAUCUCAAAAGCCAUCUCCGGUCACCGGUACGAGCAAAUCGUAUGGUGAUUUGGAGUUGCAUCAAAGGAGUAGCAAAUCACUGUUAGCAAACGUCCUGGACCUGGAUGACAACGCGCUGGCGUCUCACAACAAUUUAUUGAACAACGUGUACAGUACACCGGGUCCACACCAUCAUACGAUGGGCCACGGACACAGUCACAUACAUUCGACGCCUCAUCAUCAUCACAGUCACGCGACUCCCACGCCGCAUCAUCAGCAUUCGACGCCGUUAGCUCACUCUUCCUAUCCCGGCCAUCAGCUUGGCCACACGCCGCAUCAUCAUCAGCAUCCGUCAGACACGGCGGCGCCACAGGUCGAGACGAUAUUUCAGAACGCUUGCUUCUGUGCGCGUUACGAGCUCAUACUGAUCCUCAAGGAGAUCAAGGUGAUAACGGAUCAGUUAAAGAACGACGAGGAAAACACGAAGGUGACGAACGACUGGAAGUUUGCGGCGAUGGUGAUCGACAGGAUGUGCCUAAUCAUUUUUACUCUGUUCACCAUCAUCGCUACCAUCACCGUCCUAUUAUCGGCGCCGCACAUCAUCGUCACGUGAUUCAGAAAAGCCAGGCAACUGCCAGUAGUUGAUCGUCGAAGAUCCGUACUGGAAUGCGCUCGAUUGAUCGCGAGAGCGAAAAAAUACGAUGGAGAGGAGCGGAUGAAGAUGAUCGAAAGAAAGAGAAGGAAGAAGAAAAAAGGAAACGCUAUCGAGAAGGAGGAAAACCGAUGUUCCUUUCGUCCUUCUAUUUUCCCUUCGUUCGUCGCGAGAUCCUUCUUCUUCGUCAUUGACGAACUCGAAGCACUCGUUUACGCUUCGCGUCGUUUAAAAGCGGAAGUUGAAGGGAUGCGAUACAGGAAGGAACUUACGAUCUCGACUUACGUCACGUAAACGUAACGUUUCUUUUAAAAAAGAGAAAGAAAGAAAAAGAGUAAGGGAAAAAGGAGAACGAGGACACCUUAUCGAAGCAGCAAGUCGACGUAUGUACGUGGCUACGCGAUGGUCGCAGAGGGUGGUAGUAGGAUCGUGAGAGGGUAAACGAGGAGGAACAACGGAAAUCUCAGAGAAUACGAGCACACACAAACGCGUACGUUCCUCGAUAGCAGUCGAUAUUUCUUCCAUAGUUAUAUAUCACGUUUUUAUAUCAUAUCUUGAAAAGGGCUUAUCAAAUAGUUCCAACGUGUUUCCUCCCUCGCCUUUUUUUUCUUUUCUUUUUUCUUGUUUCUCAUCUUUUCUCCUUGACUUCCAAUCCAAAUUGCGCUUCUAUUGAUUAAGUUUCACUUUGGAUUAUCCUCGAUAUCGAAAUAAUUAUUUUCAUUCUUAUACGUAUCUUUAGAAAAAUAUUCUGGGAAUAUCGGUCCGGAAAUAUAAUCCGUGUUUAAUGUCUGUAGAAGAUUCUAUGUAAAUCUGUUGUUGAAAUUAUUCAGAAAAAAGGAAAGAAAGAAAAAAAAAGAAUUCGUGUCCCUCGAAAUCGUUCAAUAUUUCGUGACUGCUACUUCGGGGUACGUGCGUAUAAGCGUGAAGAGAACACAUACGCACACAUGAGCACACCAAGAUGUUUACACAUGCAGAUAAAAUAAAGCAAUUCGAUGGGUACGUCGAUGAGAAAAAUAGAGACGAAGAGAGAGAAGAAAAAAGAGGAGAAGAGGAGGUGGAGGAGGAGGAAAGGAUAAGGAAAAGGAGGUAGGGGGAGCAAAGAAAAAAUGUCGAAUACGCAGGAGCUCAAGAUCGAGGACUCUUAUGAGGGAAGGAUCGGAUCUUGAGGAUCUUAGCUUCCGCUGUAAAUAGGAAGGACAGAUUAUUAAAAUAAGCUCGCACACGUGAAAAUACACAAAAAUAUGCGGACGGAAACGAACGGGACCGACUGACGGACUUGAACUCAUCUAUUACAUGCGCGCACAUAACACUGAUAGACAUGCAUACGCGCACGCACGCACAACACACACACACAUACACACAUACACAAUACAGAGACAACAUAGAAACGCACGGUGAUGGUAAGGAAGAAACGAAAACAAACAAAUCGCUCCUUGUGUCAAAAUUGGUAAAAAGGCAAAGCGCACACAUUAUACUCUCAGAAUACACACAAUGAACUGCCAAGGUGAUUCAAAUAAUAUGCCAGUGAAUUUUAUUAUCAGUAUCACUAGUAAGUAAAUCGAUGACAACUUAAUAAACGGGGGAUUUAUACUACGAUUUAAGUGGCGUGCACUAACGCAAAUAUAAAUACUGUUCUUUGUUAGACUGUAAGGGGACAUUCAGUGUAAAGAUAUUGAAGAAAAGAGAGAGAAAGAGAGAGAGUAAGAGAGGAAGAAUGUAUGUGAGAGAGAACGAGAAAAAAAAGAAAGAAAGAGAGAGAAUGAGAGAGAGAGAGAGAGAGAGAGAGAGAGAGAGAGAGAGAGAGAGAGGGAGAGUGAGAGUAAGGAAGGAUAUAAAAAAUAUAAACGGGAAUAGCAAUUUAGCCCGAUAAUUUAGUUUUAAGCGACGUUCUUUCUUUCCCUUCUAUCGAAACACUCUCAUUCGCCCGCAUAUGCACUCACAGACGGAUACUCACGGACAUUUAUAAAUCUACGCGCAAAAAAAUACAUAUACACGUGUAUACAGGAAGACACAAAUACAAGACACACACAAGACACACAGUCGCGAACCAUCGUAUUUUUCGACGUUAUUAACGCGUUAAAUGCAGGUUCGCGUGCGAGUAAAAAUCUUUUUACCCUUUAUCCUUCCCUCUUAAUCGCUUCUUUUCUUUGUCCUUUUACCUUUCUCCAGCUCGCGAUCCGACGAAAGUUUUCAAGAAGCGAACGGCUCGUCGUACGUAAUACGUACAUACGUACACACAUACAAAUAUACAUACACGCAUACAUACGUAAAUAGGUGGUUCGAUUUACCGAAUAAUUCGAAAUCAAGCGAUACCUCGUGAUUUUCAAAGUAGCUUACAUUUACUUUCUUAAAUCGCACUACUUUCGAAUUAUUCGCCCUUCGAACUUGGAACGCUCUCCGUUCAAGAUAUGGAUCCGAGUUCAUCUUUUUCCUCUUUUCCUUUUCUUCUUGUCUUUACUUUUUGGUAGGGAGAAGGGGAUUUGAGCGAAGGAGAAGGAAAGAGGGUGAGGGGGAGGGGAAAUCGAACACUUUUUUCUCGAGGGAAUCAAGCGUUCCACUUCUCUAUCUAUCUCUCUCUCUCUCUCUCUCUCUUUCUCUCUCUCUCUCUCUCUCUCUCUCUCCUCGUUGAAAAGAAGAAAAAGAGAUGGAAGAAGGAAAAGAGAGAGAGAGAGAGAGAGAAAGAGAGAAAAAAAAUAUGUGCACUUCAUACUAGAAGACUCUUCCUUUGCACGAGAGAUUCUCUUUCCCUUUCCAUACUCCUUCGCGAACGUUGCUUCGAAUUUCUGUCGACUACGAGCAAAUUCUCUUUGGUCAAUAUACGACGAGAAAUGAAAGGGAAAAUAAUAAGAGGAAGGAAAAGAGAAAAAAGAAAAGAAAAGACAAAAAAAAGAAAUGAGGAAAAGGGAGAUCGGGGGAGAGGGUGGGGCCGUAAAAAAAGCUCGUUUGUAAAAGUAAAGCGACGAUAGGAGGGUGUAUAUCGUUGUUUAAACAAUAUUCGCCUCGUAGAAGAUUAAAAGAAACUCGAAGGCUUCGCGUUCCGAAAUCCAACGUCGAGAGAGCGGAAUUGCCUUAGCGCGUGAUGAACGUUAUGAACAAUGAUGAUAAAUCUCGAACAAAAUCAACAUAGAUAUUUUGUUUUAACUCGGAAUUGCCGUCUUUCUUUGGUCGCGAAAUGUUUAUUUAUUAACUUCCGCUGUCGCUCCCGCGAACGUUUCUUUUAUUUCAUUCGUCCAAAACGAGAUUAUCUAAAAAGUGAUAAUAAAUAAGGAAAGGAAAAUUUCAACGAUGAUCGUUACUGAUAAAUUGUAUAUUAUUAAUUUAAAAGCGAAUUUAAUGGCUUAUCGCAAUUUAAAAUAUAUUAUUGCUAUUAAAAGAAUUUCAAGUCUUAAUCGAGGACGAUUAAUGUCCUUUCUUCGAGAGAAAAGAAACGAUCUCGCGAGCAUGUGGGGGAAGGAAUUACGACAAAUUUCCAAAAAAGGAGUAGUAAGUACGAUCGUCGAGCGCGUUUAAGCGAGGAAUUAGAAAAGAGUUCGAGUGUCGAUCGAGCGAUUAUUAUCGAAUAUAUUCUCGAUAGGAUACACAAAAAAAAAUAUAUGGCAACAUAACAAUAAUAAUUAUAAAUAAUCCACAUUGUUUUUCGGAUAGUCUCCGUAGGCUGGCGUUGUUGGGGGAGAAGACGAUGUUACGAAUAUAAACUUUAAUCGUAUUGUACAUUUUGGCCAUUGGCAUUGACGCGACAACCAAUCACAAGUUAUCUUUUAAAUAUUAUUAAAAGUUACAAUAUUAAUAAAACAAAACUGUUAAAUGAUAUUAAAGAAUCGAUUAAAUGUAGAGUAUGUAUAUUAACGGAACGAAAGAGAGCGAGAGCGAGAGAGAGAGAGAGACAGUGCGACAGAUUAAGAGAGAUUAAGUAAAUGGAAGCGAGAACGAUAAUUGUUCGGUAUUCGAUUUGAUCGUUGGGCGAGCGCGCAUUUUUAGAUCUUCAAAUGAACCGACUAAAUUAUUAUCUCGUAAAAGUGCGAUCGCCGAGAAUUCGCUAAAAUAAUAUGUACGUAGUUAAGUAUGAAGAGAAAAAAAAAAAAAGAAAAAAAGAAAACAUAAAAGAUGUAAAAAAAUUAAUAUGGUUACCUCUACGAGUCUCGUUAGUUAGAGAAGAGAAAAGAGUUAUAAAGAGGGAUUAUUACGAAGGAGGAAAAAUGUUUUAAAAGCGAUGAAUUAUUAUAUAUACAUACAUACAUAUAUUAGCAUACGUGCUAUAUUAUUCUUAGGAACAGCUGUGAUGAUCGACAUGGUAAAAAGAAAAAAGAAAAACAAGGAAAAAAGAAAGGAAAAAAGAAGGAAAGAAAGAAAGGGAGAAAAAUAAUUACCAGUUUCGUAGUAUCCUGAAAGUUCCGCAACACUUUGCAAUCUUGCGAAAUAAAAAAGGAAAAGGAAAACAUAAAAAGAAAACGUUUCAAGAAGUAAAUCUUUAUUCUCAUUGUUUUCAAAGGGACGACGAAGAAAUAACGAAAGAAAAAGAAGAUAAAGAAAUAGGGAAACGAAAAACUGUUCCAUCUUUUUGUUCUCCGCGAACAUUUGCCGGAGUUCGAGAUGGUGGAAGCGAAAGUCCGGUUGAAGAUUUUCCAUGCGAUUCCGCCUUAUUCUUUCCCUUUAUUGUUGUUAAAUAUUUAAAAGAUAAACGAAAAAAAGUUAAAGAAAAAAUUCAAAAAAAAAAAAGAAAAAGAAAAGAUAAUCGACAACGUACACACUAAUUCACAUUAAUCGACGUAUCAAAUUGAAGCGAAUUAAAAAAAAAAAAAAAGGAAAAAAGGAAGAAAAAAGAGAAAAAAAGAAAAGAUUAUUACAGAUAUUUUCGAUAGAUAAUUUCGUUUUAGAACGAACUUAGAUGGGCGAACGAGAUGUAUUAAGAUGAGAAAUAUGCGAUAACCACGGUCCUUCGCUGUUAUCCAGGAUAUUAAUCUGAAAUUAGUAUUUAGUUUAAUCAAUCGCUUACUACUACUUAUCACACAGGGUACCGUCGAUUUGACUGAGAAGUUAUAUUAUUCUGUACGUUGAGAUAUAUAUCUAUAUAUAUAUAGAUAUUAUAAGACAAAUAAAAAUAAUAUUAUAAAAUCUUGUUAUUAGAGCGAUUACGUGAUAUGAAUAAUAAGAGAGAGGAAAAGGAAAACGACGAAAUAAGGAAGAAAUGAUCAAAGUGAAUAUAUUAUAUAUGCCACGUGUGUUGCACGAAUUCGAAUAUAUACGUAUAUACGAAUAAUUUCGAAGAUGAAGCAAGGAAGUUGGCACUGAGAGAGAACAAUUUUUGCGCGAUCCCAAUAAAAUUUCAUUUUCCUAGACGACUCAGGAAGAGCAUACGAAUAAAUUUUUUGUCAUCUCGUUCGAUGUGCGGAAAAAAAAGAAAGAAAACAAUGAUCUAAAAAGAGAGAAUUUCUCAAAAAAAAAAUCUUCAUUCCGCGUGGAUCGUCAGCGUAUAUAUAUGUGUGUGUGUGUCUAUAUAUAUAUGUGUGUAGGUACACGCACACGCAUACAUGAUGAAGUAUAUCAAAUAAAAAAUAAUAGUUCGAUUUUGAAUAUAUUUAAAGGACAGGGAGGUAGGGUAGAACGAAUCGUUUCCACCUUCUCAAACCGAACGGCAAAUCUGUUAUUUAAAAGGAAUCGCGCUAAAGUUAGACGCUAAAUACAUUUUUCAUAAGUAUUAAAGAAAGAUGAUAUAUCAUUAAUAAUCGGAAAUGAAGACGGUAAUAUGAAUAGAUUUAGAAUGAAUUAGAAGGAAGUAAAUGACGGAACUGGAGCCUUUAAAAUAAAUAAAACGGAGAAGAAUAAUAACUCAGCCUGUCUUGUCCAAUGGUGACACACGCGAGUUUGUUAUAUAAACGAUAAACCUUAUAAUAAUGAUAAUAAUAAUAAUAAUAAUAAUAAUAAUAAUAAUAAUAAUAAUAAUAAUAAUAAUAAUGAAUAAUAAAUAAUAAAGAAUAAAGAAUAAAUCAUAAAUCAUUAAUAAUAAUAAUAAUAUUAAUAAUAACGAUAGAGUUAGUAAUAUUAUUACAUUUAAACAAAAAUAAUAAUAAUAAUAACAACAAUAAUGAUAAUAUUAAUAAUAAUAAUAAUAAAUAUUAAAUAAUAAUCAUAAUAAUAAUAGUAAUAAUGAUAACAAUUACAAUAAUGAUAACGAUAAUGAUAAUAGUAUUUAUUAAUAGAGAUAAAAAAGAAAUUCUCUGCCUGUAUAAAGUGUUGAAGUUUUCUUUUUACGGCGUUCAGGUACAGUUAACGUGAUCUCUAUAAAGUAUUGUUUUCAAGGUUGAAUAUAGAUAAUGGUAAAGAAAGAAGGGGAAAUAGAGGAGGGAUCGACACGCUCUAAGGAUCGUAGUGUAGCGCAGAUGUCGAGAUAGGGUGAAGCGAAAUGUGUGGAUAAAAAAAAAGGGAAAAAAAGAGAAAGAGAUUGGCGGGAAUAAACGAUGCCGUGAUCUUUCGAACGUCUCGCUUAUCUAUCGAUCGAGCGCGUUUUCGAUGCGAGAAAAGCGAAAAAAGAGAGAGAGAGAGAGAGGGAGAGAGAGAGAGAGAGAGAUAGAGAUCGAAUGAGGAUGUAAAAAACGUUUAAAAAAAGGGUGCCCCGUUCGGCUCACAUUAAAAGUGAUCGAGAUCGAAACGCCUGUUUAAAAAUAACAAAGAAAAAGCAAAUAAAAAAAUAAAACAAACGAACAAACAAACAAACAAACAAACAAAAUUCGAAUCUCGACGUAAAUCUGAUUCGUAUUUUCGUAUUUUCGAUUCCGUGAUACGUACUAAAGAGAUAUUUUGUAAAUUUUUCUUUCGGAGGGAAAUUAAACGUGUUUUUUUAAUUAUUUAUUUUUUCUUUCUUUUUUUUUUUUUUAAAGAUCCGUUUUUUUUUUUAAGAUUCUGGCGAUACGCGCGUUAACUCGUCGUUAGAAAUUUCAGUCAAUCAACUAAAAGACAAUCUUUCGAAUUCCGAAAAGUUACGAUGACGAUUAGGUGUCGACGCGAUUUAACUGAUAAAAUGAAAACAAUGAUUAUCUCUGUUGCACGUUGCUUGUUUCGAUCCAAUCAUCGUGAUUUAACGUAUUGCAAUCAACACCUAACGAGGAUUAUACGUAUCUAUGUAAGUACGUGUUUCGGUACUCCUAAUAUCUAAUCCAGCACGUAACGAGAGAGAGAUUCAACGCGUAGAAUAUAACAUCGAUCUAACACAGCGAACGACGUCGAUUCCACGAUGAUUCUCAUCAUUGAUUCAAUGUCGAUCAAUGCUAACUAUAUAUUUUAUCAUGAUUGAUGAAUCUGAUAUUGCAAAUUGGUCGAAUCUAUCGUUGAAAUAAGAUAACUUUAUAAAAUGUGUUCAAGAUAUAAUGUUACAUAUAAGGAUCUUUUCUUAAAUAAUCGAAAUAUUAGAAAUAUAUUCAGACGUUUAAAUAUCAGAUACUUAUCUAAUAUCUAAAAAGUGAAGGAAAGUCUCGAUCUAAAGAAAAAGAGAAAAAGAUUAAAGAGGAUAUGAAAUUAAAUUGCAAGACGUUAAAAAAAAUGAGAUCGAUAACCAAUGUGACGUUUCGAUUAAUCGAUCGCUUUAUAUCUUAUCGUAAUAAGGUCUAUUGUAUUAUAGCACGCCAAUGUCUUCCGCCAUUAGUCUCCAAGUAUCGCAUUAAUACACUAAUACGUAAAAUUAUAAAAGUUUCUUUCGUUCGUGAGAGUAAGUAGAUACAAUGACGAUGAAUUAAAUUGUGCAAUCGAACGUAAUCGAUUCGUUGGAAACUUUAACACGAUUGAAAACGUUCCAAUAAAUUUCAUGCAUUGUAAAUUGAUUUCCUAAUUAAUUCGUGAACAAAAUUCAAUUAAUUUGUCACUUUUUAUUAAACUUUAAUGAAUCGAUUCGUAACUUUACAAACGAUCUUCGUUAUAUUUUAGAUCGUCGAAUAAAUGGAAACUCACGUCGACUCGAACAGCGAAAGAAAUUUAAUCGUAUUUAAGCUUUUAAGAGAGACAAGUUAGGCUUUUCAAAUAUUUAGAAAAGGCAUUAGGUCAGCUCGGAAAAAGCUCGAAUAGAUCAGUCGAGACGUUUGAAGGAUUUAUCAGCGAUUUUCCAUUCUUGAUUGACCGUUCUUUAUACAUACGUACAUAUACAUACAUAUAUAUAUAUAUACAUAUAUAUAUAAAUACAUAUAUAUAUAUAUAUAUUAUACGAAAAAAAACUAUACAGAGAAAUAUAUUAUAUGCAGGAUGAAUAAAUUACCAUCGAUAAAAAUGCGCGAAUGAUGUUUGAGGAACUGUCCGAAUACCUAAAUUACAAAUCAAAUUCGUAAAUAUUAUAAAUAAAUUGGCAGGAGCGAUGAGUCGAUGUUUCUUCUGAUUCUUUACGGUACUUUUCAUCGUAAAUUUAUGUUGUCGUAAAAGUAUUGAACAAUAUUUUUAAUACUUAUUUCGCAUGCGAAAGUCCAUUGUGAUAGUACUGUGAUCCAAGGAAUACGAGAGUGUAAUUUUUUUAAGGAUAUGAUGGAAAGUACUAGGAAAAAUAAUUAGAAACAUAUUGGUGUAUGCAGAAAAUUUCAAACGACUCGUAAUUAUCGACGAAGAAGUUGAGAAAAGUGAGCUAUUCGAGAAAUAUGUAAUUCGUAAUUAUUCAUCUUCGUUUAAGUUGUUACGAAGAUUAAAUUCGAGAAACGUUCUUCAACGAUUUUUCGUGAUUCUCUACGCAUUUUUCACCGAUAAUGUAAUUUCGUACAGCCUGUAUACGCGAAAAUAAUAAAAACGUUAAUGAAUUCCAAAAAGCGUCAAGGAUCGAUGUUCGUAUAUUUGAGGAAAAAAAUGUUAAAUAAGAUAAGCAAAACGCAACGUUCAUCCAUCGUGUCUCUUAUCGAAAAUCGGUCGAUUAUAAUUAUCCAAAUAUAGUUUAUCGAUCGUCCUGUGGAUAUAAUAAAAGAGAACGACGAUCCAUUUUCGAAAUUUUCUCACUCGGUAAUUUCGACUAAUCGUGACGUGAUUGUUAAAUCGUCUCUAAUUAAUACCUAAUGCUAAUCAAAUGAUCAAUGCCAAACGGUCGAUUUAUUAACAAUGAAAAACGCGCGCGUGCUUUUAAUGAGCAGCGAGUAUAAUUAGAAUUAAACCGAUUAGGUGAGACGCGAGUUUUCAAGUGCCAAAUCUUUAUAGCUUACUUCAAACGAAUGCGCGAAAUCGCAUAGAAACGUUAACUAGCCAAAUGCGAGGAUGAAGAGAAGAGUAUACGAAAAGGUAUUUCUAGGGAAUAGAGAAAGGAAAACGCACGGCUGUUUAUAAUAAGAAAUUUUUUUUAUAUAGCAACCAUUGAUUUUAUUGUAUGCUUUUUAUUUUUCUUUUUCUUUUUUUCUCUUCUUCUUUCCUUUUCGCUUUCUCCUUUUUUCACUUUUAUUCUCCUUUCUUGCUUAUCGAUUCAUUAUUUCACGUGACGAUUUUCUUCCACGUUUCUACCCACUUUCAUUUGCUUUCAUUUUGCGUGUACUUUCCGUGCGAUUAAAAUAAUCGAUAAUAAUAAUACAAUUAGCGUCGAGCUCGAUUCGUUCAUCUGCAGUGCGACCAAAAAAAGGAACGGAAUAUCUUCUUGUCAGCCUCGAAUUACGCUUUGCUCGCAAUAUGAAAUUCCGUGUCAGUCCUCUUCUUUCUAGGAUAACCGCGAUCGGGAAAGGUUUUGGCCUUGAUGAGGAAACGUGUAUACAAAGAAAGCGAGAUAAAAAUUUGUGUAAUUAAAAGGAAAACAAACGAAUGGACGAACAAACGAACGAACGAACGAACGAACGAACGUACGAACGAACGAACGAACGAACGAACGAACGAACGAACGAACGUACGAACAAACGAACGAACGAACGAACGAACGAACGGACGUACGAACGAACGAACGAACGAACGAACGAACGAACGAACGAACGAACGAACGAACGAACGAACGAACGAACGAACGAACGAAUGAACGAACGAACGAACAUACGAACGAACGAACGAACGAACAAACGUACGAACAAACGAACGAACGAAUAAACACGUCACAGCCAUAAAUUGAAUUUAAAGCGAUUUUUACAAAAGGGAGUUAUUUGUAAACGAAAAGCGGUAUUUAAAAAGAUAAAAGAACAAAAAGAAAAAAGAAAAAAAAGAAGAUAAAACGAAAAACGAAGCAGACAAGUUGUAAUCAUUUUUUCAACAGGCAAUUCUCGUUCUUUUCAUUUUUUGAACUAUCACGCUAGCUCACUACGUGCAAAAUGCGGAAACUCCGUUAUCCAGCGAAACGAAAUCUGAUUUAUCGAAGGAAAGAUAUAUAAGUGAUGUAAAACCGAACGUCUCAGAGAUGAAAGAAUAAGAAAUGAAAGGUAAAAAGGAAUAAAAGAAGUGGCAAGAAAAGAAGAAAAGAUAACGAGAGAAUAAUCGCUAAAUUUAAUGAAAACUGGAAUGAUUAAACGUGUACCAUUAAACAUAAUCUAUACAUAUUUAAACUAUUGAAUGCUAAAGAUCAUAUUCGUAUAAACCAAAAAAAUUAAUAAUCAAUUAACUGAAUAUUAAAGCUAGCCUGUAAUCAAUAGAGACGUAGUUAAUACUUUGACAGUAAUUAUAGGGGCGAUUCAAGGUAGAUUUGUUAGAAGUUAGGGUCAACUUUAUCGAAAUCAUUUUCUCUCUAAACUAACGAAAAAAAGAAAAGAAAAAAAAAAAGAAAAAAAACCUAAUUAUCUUAAACUAACCUAUGAAUUUUAAAUGAAAGAAGUGCUGAAAAAAAUAUACACACUCUUACACACAUGUACACGCAUACAUAAACAUAUAUACACGAAGACAUGUGACUAUUAAAGAGACCGAUUAUAUAUUGA